UGGCGGAAUCAGGGUGAAAAGUUCAUUCAGGUACAAGUGAAAUGCUAUUUAUCUUCAGUUACUAUCGGUCAUACACUGCGAUCACUAAGACAUGAGAUACUGACCAAACAGUAUGUGACGGGAAGUAUGUUGUGGAACGUCACUACCACAUGUAUUACUAUAACACAAACGGGAUACUUUCUAAGCCGUGUUGAUUUGGAUUCGUAACUAUUCAAUUUAUUGGCAGGUUAUCAAAUCGACAUAUUUUAUACAUAUUCAGGUUGUGUGUUGAAAUUUAGUGCCUCAUUAUAUAAUAUACAUGUGAUAUAAUUGUCUACGUAGUGUCGUAAAUGUGAGGAUGGAAUUUGACCACCAAUCCUGAUCAUAAGAUGACUUGAAGACAAAAAACAUAUUGACAGGUUGGGAAGAAUAUGAUCAUGUGUCGGUAUUGCACGCCAUGCCAGAAUAGGAUUGCUGACCAUUAUCAGAAUGUGUAAGUGAAGUUGCAAGAUGAAGAAUUUCACAUCCUUCCUGUCCCAGCGCGAGCUUGGCCGCACAACCAAAUGCUGGGAACAGACAAAGCAGGCUGAGGAAUGUCUAGAGAAACAUGCCUGUACGCCAGAAGUCAACCAGCCUUGUGCACUCUCUGGACAAGUCAGAGCGACAUUCCUGAUGGAUUUCAGCCCUGAUGGGACAAAGGUAGCGUCCACUCAUGGUGACCAUUCAGUACGAGUGACCGAACUCUCCACUGGUAAAUGUACCCACAUCCUGUCCGGCCACCCUCGGACACCAUGGUGCCUUGCCUUCCAUCCCUCGUCCAAUCAAAUCCUUGCCUCUGGCUGUUUGGCAGGAGAGGUCAGAAUAUGGGAUUUACAGGGUGGAGGAAGCGAGGUAUGGCGAUGUAAGGACAGCCUGGUGAUCGCGUCUAUGACCUUUCACCCUAUCGAUCAUGUGCUUGUGUUUGCCGUUGGUAACAAGAUUUAUUUCUGGGACUGGAAUCAAGCAGAGCCGUUCGCCUGCUGUCAGACGCUUCACGAGUAUGAGAGAAUCAGACUGGUGCGGUUUGACUCUGUCGGCCAUUACCUAUACACAGGUAUAGCUAACAACACCAUGGUACAUCAGGCCAACUCCAGGAUCUCCUUCAUCAACGGUAGGAACAACCCUGUGGCACGACCCCAGAGGACACAGAGACUUCGCAGUGUAUACAACAACCUAGUGGAGUGUUUCCAGGCCUAUAGGAGGGACCGGGUCAUGAACGAGGGCUCAGCAGCUCAGGGAUCUUACUCAGAGUAUGCUGAUGCACAGGAGAGCAGCGCUUCAAGAGACAGGACAAGGUCACCUAUACAUGAAGAGGGCCUGAACUAUGCCAGACAGUAUGCUGCUCAUGUUACCGAGUCAACAAUGCUGACAACUGGACAAGAACAGGAAGGAAACCCUCCGGCAACACAGUCCAACCCCGACAGCGAGAGUGUUCCCUUUAUCAGUGAUAAUGUUCCUCCAUUUAUGGCUCCUCGACCAUUUGCCUGGAGUCCGCCCCCUAGAGGGGCCUCUCAGGCUGAUGAGGUUGGAGACAUAAUCAUCGAGGAAGAAGAGGAGGAGGAAGUGGAUAGGGUUUCAAGGCCAUCUGAUGUAGGUCAACUCAACCUGAAUCAUAGGUCAUCUGACCUACAUCAAAGGUCAUUUGAUUUGAGUCGAAGAGUUUCAGCUCUGGCUCAAAGGGCUGAAGUCAUUGGCCGUAGUGCAUCUGAUCAUAGUCGAUUGAGAUCUAGGCGUGGAGAGGUACGCCCAGUAACUGUACUGGACAGUGGCCAUAAUGUCCGGUCCACUACGGCCACUACUGUUAACCCUGGGUUGACUGAUAGGUGUCGGAACUGUACUGGAAACAAUUCUGGGGAGACUUCCAGCUCAAACCUGGUGGCGAUGGAGCGCAACAACGAAACUGGUGCAAUGAAUCUACCCUUAGCAACCAAUGGAGGAGCUACUACAAGCAUGACUGGUGUUCUAUCUACCAGAUCAGUAGAUAAUAUGAGAGGACUAUCUAGGUCUCAUGAACUCCCUACUCUACAGCGGACCCCAGUACUGAGGACAGACUCUCACACUGGUGAGCAUGGUCUGGGCCAGCAUGCUUCUGACUGUGACAACAGGGACUGUCAAGUGUGUUGUAACUUUAACAGGUCCCAGCUUACAUAUGGCCGGUGGGAGCCAUUCGCAAGUCGAAGGUUCAACCACACCCGGAGUGCAUUUUCACAGCCAUCUCAAACUUAUAGACAGCGUUACAGAAACUUGAACCCGUCCAGGGUACAGGUACAUAGCUAUGGACCAGCUCGGCAUCAGGGCGUCUGUGCCAGCACGUCACAGAACCCUGUAACCACACAUGUGGCAAGUUCUCAGACAAGCACAGACACCAGUAGCUCCCCAGUACUAGCUGAUGCAGCAGAGGGUCAGCAUUCUAGUCACCAGAAUAGGCUUAGUUCUCUACUCCACCUGGCUAGCCAAGCACAAGGGAUCAGUAUUCCACCUAGCCAGUUAAAUUCUUUGUUACAAACUGUCAGGAGUAUCCCAUCGGACCCUAGUACUGGUGAUAACAAUCACACCAUUCAGAAUAUAGGAGGAAAUUCUGAUAUACAAACACAAGGUGAUAAUAAUUCAGUGGUCAAUCCAGACAGUAACCAAUCAGUGUAUGUGUUACAAACUCAAAGUGAUAAUAAUAAUAACCAAUCACAGACUGCGGAACAAACAAAUUCCAGUGAUAAUAACAAUGGCCAAGGGUACCAAGCAAUACAGGACAAUUUUGCAACAAUUACAGCCCGUAUUGAACGCGAGAUGGACGAACUUGAUCGUAGAAUUACGUCGCUUCGAAACAGUUUUCAUGAAAGUAUACAACAGCUACAACAGGACCGGGAUAGCUACUUGAUAUCUAGACAAUCAUUGUCACCUUCCCAGGACUCCCAGCAGACAGCGGCUGAGGAGGUACCAAGUGUCCCACCUGUAACAGAAAGCAGGACAAAUGGCCCGUCCCAAACUAACCCAGUUAUAACCAUCACCCGGUGUCCGGAGAGUACUCGUAGGUCCCCUGUCCCCAUCACCCAGUAUCAACAUUCCUCAAGAAUGUACAUGGAACCUAUUUACACUACUUGUCCACCAGACAUUGGGAGUCAUCGUCGUCCAGGUGUUGGAGCCCCUCAUCCCUUACUGGAGACGGCCCUCAGAGGGCCUUCCCAGUCUACAGCCACAAACAUCCAGGUCCAUUCCUUACCCCCCUCUGACUCCGACAUGCCCCUGCCAGCACGAGAGUCGUUCCCGUCCACAUUUGCACUGCCUCCUAGUACUCACAGUUGGCAUUCCCUGCAACGCCAUCACCUUCAUCCACACUACUCCGUCAGUAUCCUUGACGACACCAUCAACCGCCCCAAUGAUGCGCUACAGACAGCCAUUAAUAGGGCCAUUGCGGGUGCCUUCAUGGGUAGAGGUGAGCCAGCCGUGGCCAAUAACAUCAUCAACCACACCCACAGAAUACAGGCAUGGGACUUCACUAAAUGUGACAUACCAGACAUUUCUGAUCCCACCGUGGAUGUGAUUGUUCCUCACUGUAAGCUCCAUAACGAUGCUAGCUGUGAUAUCUCCCAGGAUCGUACACUUCUUGGGACCUUCGUACCAAGUCAUAGAGGAUUCCCAGAUGACAAUAUCCUGGCUAUCUUCUCCCUGGUACCAGAGUCACGAGGACAGUGCCUCUUUACAAAAAGCUUUGGGCCUAAUGCUAUAUCUGUGAGCAUAUCCCCCAGGACAAACUUUGUUAUGGUGGGACUAGCUGCCAAAAGGCUGUCAUGGGUCUUCACUUCUAAUCAGCUUGUAGCUCAGGUGUACAAGAUGGAUACUGAGUUGGCAGGAGAAAAAUCCACCACGCAUGUAUCGGAUAUAAUGCACCCGUGUGAUAUGGAUAUUCGUACCCAUGUAAGUGUGAACUCUGCCCGCUGGUUGCCUGGUGUUGGGGACGGCAUUAUCUAUGGGACAAAUAGAGGAGACCUACAUAUAUGUAGGCCUGGGGCAAAGAAAGAGUCAGAGAAGGAGAAACCAAGUGAUACUACCACAUCUGGGACAUCAAUCCGACGAAACCUGAUGCACAUGUUGGGUCUUUCGUCCACAGCUGUCCCGCUCAUCAGUAUAGGGACCCAGACAGCGGAGCGGCGUAGCGCUGGUACUCAGACUGAAUAAAUCAGACAACUGGGUGGCAUAGCAUGGAGACGCAGACUGAAUAAAUCAGACAACUGGGUGGCAUAGCACUGAGACGCAGACUGAAUAAAUCAGACAACUGGGUGGCAUAGUACUGAGACGCAGACUGAAUAAAUCAGACAACUGGGUGGCAUAGCACCGAGACGCAGACUGAAUAAAUCAGACAACUGGGUGGCAUAGCACUGAGACGCAGACUGAAUAAAUCAGACAACUGGGUGGCAUAGCACCGAGACGCAGACUGAAUAAAUCAGACAACUGGGUGGCAUAGCACUGAGAUGAGACUGAAUGAAAUGGAUAGGUAGCCGAGUGGUGUAAAACUCCGACUUCAUGAAACUUGACCACAGUUGGAUACACUGUGCAGCGUAGCAAAGCUCUGGGACAUAUCCUAACCAAGUAAUCACCAUACAAUCCUAAAUUACUGCAACCUUGUCCGAAUUCAGAAUUAUCCCUGGUGAUAAAGUUUUAAAUGCAUUUCUAGGAACAGGUGAGCUAGGCUUGUUGUUAGUGUUAAGUAUUCAGAGUGAGGAGAAUUGGAAGUUACACGAUCCUGUGGGGAGUGUUUUCAUCCAAAUGUAAUUGAUAUACUACAGUACCAGUAUAGGUGUGAGGCUGGGAUUGGCCGUUUGUUGACUGUUUUGGUCGAUGUAGGUUAGAAUGGCUUCCGUAAAAUUUCUUGGAAGAACAGCUUAGUGAUGUUAUGGGAGUAUCUUUCUCUCUCUUGUUCAUCAUAGGUUAGACUGUAAAAGUUCUGUCUGUGGUAACUUGCUGUAUAAACCUAAAACGAUCAGUGGUUUUAUUAAAUGAAUCUAACCAUUGUUUAAUUUCAAAUUGGUUAAUUAGUUUGAGGUUAAGGAUAUUUAAGAUAGUGAAGACAUCACUUAUGUUUUUGACAAAAACUAAAAGUUUGGACUGUUUUGUGAGUAUCUUUAAUUUUUGGUACACAUUAAUCACAAAUAAGUAUUGGUGUAUACAUAAUUUAUUUAAUAGAUUUAAACUUCUGAAUUACAUUUGAUAAUAACAAAUUUAGAUAUUUCAGGAUGAUGAAGAGAUUCAUAAUUGUCUCAAAUAUUUAACACUGCAUAAUCACAAAGUCCACCAAGGGAAUUCUUCCUGGGUUUUAUUUUUCAAUUGUUAGGAGAAUAUUGGUGCACUGAUAUUGAAGUUUUGAUGGAAAAUUUGGUGCAGAUAUAUUUUGCUGAAAUUCAGCAUAACUAUUGUAUAGUUUUGAAAAUUGAACUUGGAUCAAGCUUAUUUAUAAUUGUGCAUAUUAUACUGUAGUAACUUAACUAACUGGAUUCAUUUUGUAAGCAGUGCUUUCAAAAUAUUAAUCUUUUGUGAACCUACUUCAGUUUGUAUCAGGGCUUUCCUUGUACUUUUAGAGCAUGCUUUUGACUUCUAAAAAUGGGUUUUGACUCGUGGAUCCAAUUGUAAAGGAUAUUUCAAUUUGACCCUUCGGAUUUCAUAAAAAAAGGGGAUCCUGUUUAUGGAUGAAAGUGUUCAGUAUUACUACUGAAUUAAGUAUUUUGAAAAUAUUUCCCCCAUAUAUAUGCUAAUGUUAAAUUUUGACAAAACCAGCUAUUUCAGGAACCUGGAUACUUUCACCAAAGGAUGUCAUAAAUUGCUUUUCGAUAUGUUAUCUCUGAAAGCCCUGUUGCAUGCUGUUGAACUUAUUUAUUUAUGAACUAUUUGAAGAAGGGUAUAGAUAUUAUCUUUGUAUGCUAUUAAGACUCGCAUAGAAUUUAGUGUUUUGCAGCCUUAUUUAUUUUACCAAACUGUCUGUUGAUCAGUACAAUGUCUCCUAUCUGCACAGUGAUGUAAUCUGGGAUACUUCACGGCAGUGUCACCUUUUACGGUGUCUUUCCCACAGGGGGACUCCAGAUUUAAGAAAUUCUUUACAUGAUGGACACAAUAGAAAAUGAUGAGUUGACAAACCUGGAAUCCUGUUGUUGCAUAGAAUUAAAAACUUGUAAAUUUGAACAAAUGUCUACUUUAAAGAGAAAAAAAAGUUACAGGUAAUGAGAGAACUUUAGUAGAAAAUUGUGGAUUUUUUGCUUUGAUGAUAUAAAUUAGGGAAGCUGGGGUUUUAGUAAAUUUGAUUCCCUUUGAAUCUAGUUGAUUUUUUGCUAGAAGCUAUUAAAUUGAUUGAUUGGUUGAUUGCAGUCUCUGUGACAUCAACAUGGGUGUUGGUUAAAUUUUUUUCUGUCAUAAUGCAUUGUUUUCAAGUGCUAGACACCACCGUUCAAAUUGAAACAAUAUUGUUUAGCAAUAUUUUUUCAGAAUCAAUACUUUUUUGUUUAAAUAUAUUUAAACAGCAGCAUUAGAAAUUAGCAAACAUAGUGGAUGUGUUGGGGAAAUUUCUGGAAAGGUCGGGUUUUUUUGUGGUUUUUUUUUGUGAUUUUGGUUGGACAGUAUAAACAAUUAUUUAUCUCCAUACCAGUUCAAAAAUUGCUGGAGAUUGUAGGAAUUAAUAAUGGACUGAAACUAACAAAGAUUGUAUUGGGAUGUCAUAUAUAUAUAUAUAUACAAAAAUACAUUAGGAAUUUUCAUAGCUGUGAACCGUUUGAAUCCUGUUCAUCUAAAUACCUAAUGAUAUUCUAGGUGUGAAUGUGAAGUACUAUAUUGGGCAUUAUCAACCAAAAUGUUUCACCAUUUUAUCAGUAAACAACACCAGCCAUUGCACAGUAACACACUUAACACAUUUAAUAUGAAGAAAUUCCUCAGAUUUUGCCUAGGUUAUUGAAGACCAGUUCUUCAUCAGGCACAAAUUGAUCCUGUUCCAAUGAUUCUUUUACAGCAGCUGUAUUGUCUGUAGAAGUUCCUUAUUUAUUCAGACUUUGCUAAUGACUUGGGUCCAAAUUCUGAAUUGACAACAUUCGUCAGAGUGUGUACUCCUUCAUUAUACCGGUAAUGCUUAAUGUUUUAUUUGCCUCGAUAUUGCCAAAUUUUCUGGUGCCUCUUUUAAUUUUUUAGAGUGAUAUUUCAUUGUCUUGGGAAACUUUUCUAUUCUUUACGCCAGAUGCAUUUUGAUUGUUUUACCUGUUAAUUGUCCAGGUGCCGUUUAAACGGUUAUCAGCCAUUAUACAUUGGCCUAUUUAUGUAUUGCACAACAUAUUAUGUUCAUUUGUUUGUUUUCUAUUUACUUCAAAAUAAAGAUGUUGCUUUGUUUCAAAACAAA